AUGGCCUCGCACCGCAUCGGCGCCCGCGUCGCGGGCCUCUCGCCAGCGCAGCUGUGCGCCAUCAUCGAGGCGCAGGCGGGCGCGAGCGACGCCGCGCUGCGCGUGGCGGAGGAGCACGCCGCUCGGCUCGUGGAGCAGCCCGAGUGGAUCCUCUCCGAGGUCCUCCUCUCGCCGGACCUCGCCCCGCACAUCCUCGCCCAGCUGCCGACCACGGAGCACGCCGCCAAGGGGACGUGCCGCGCGUGUGUGCCGGCAGUCGCCGAGCAGUGUCGCUCACACAAGCCGCAGCACAAGUGA